AUGGUGGCGAUAGGAUUGUGCAUGAUUGUUGUUGAAUGUAGGAAACAUGUGAGCAUAAAGAACAGGCUUGGAGCUGGAAAGAAUAUGACUUUGCAUUGCCAGUCGAAGGACAAUGAUCUGGGACAACAAAAUAUAGCAAAUGGAGAUGAGUUUGGAUGGGAUUUCUCAGACAAUAUUAUUGGAACAACACUGUUUUUCUGUGAUGUGGGGUGGGAAAAGGUUGAGGAAUACCAUUUCAAUGCUUAUUCCUUCGGCAGGGACAGAGUACGAUGUGAUGGUGUCGGCUGUUCAUGGCUCCUAUCUGCUGAAGGCAUUUAUGGCUUCAAUGUACAAACGGCCUUCUGGGAAUUCAUGUACCAAUGGCCAAAUUAA